AUGUCGGGUCAUAUUUCAUCUGAGCAUUCUCGCUCUGAUUCACAAUCCUCCCAGACCCCACGACUCUCCCGGAGCGAUUCGAUGCCUCGUCACUCCUUCGGUCGCAACUCUCGCGUCUCUAAUCCCAAUGUCUUUGCGGACGAAUACUCGUUAGAACCCAUUGAGUCCGAUCGAAUCGAACGCCCUCAUAGUCCCUCUUCUAUCGCCUCCUCCGCCACCCUUCGUGAAAAUAACCAUCAACCAAAGACUGUCAGCACGGCAACAACUGAGAAUGAGAAUCCAUUCGCCGAUGACGCUCGGGUGUCAUUCGAUGAACCUCAUCGGUCAAGUCUGCCCCAAAAGGGUUUAGGUUUCUCUAACAACCGCAAUUCUACAACCUCUAUCAACUCGACUCCUUCCCUGAUCCAACGAAACCAAAGUGUUUCUUCCCGCUUCUCGAUUCCCCGUGCCCUCAGCCCCUACACCGGAGCCACCGGACCUAGCCAUCCGUAUGGUAUGUAUCCUCAAGUCGGUGUUAGUCGAUCGCCUAGUGUUGGCAGUACCUCAACGAUACGGCCGAUUGAACGACCAAUCGAGGAAUCGACUGGUCCUCAGCAUCCCUAUGCGAUGUACUCGCAAAAUGUUGUCGAAGAAGGAAUGGAUGAUGAUAUCAUUCCGGUCGGAUUUCCAGGCCACAACCCACCGUAUCAACCUCCCGCUGGCCGUCAGGAUGAUGAUGUGGGAGAUAUCAUUGGACCAGAUGGGCACACAGAGCCGCUACCACCUUAUUCACGAUACCCAACAGGCGUCAUCCCCAAGCCUCCAGGGGCUGAGACGAUGGCCGAUCUUCACACCUCACCAGAGGAGCAUCGUCUCAACAACGAGAGCUCAAGAGUGCUUCCUGUGUCAGAAACCUCAUCAAGGGCCUUAGUGCCUGAACAUUCUGGCGAAGAAAACAAUGAUCGAAAUGGGGAGGAAAGAGCCGUUGCGACCACAGGUAUCAUGGCUUUUGAGGAAAAGCUCAAACGCAAAGGAAAGCAGACCGCAUGCUGCGGCCUUCCGGUAUGGACGUUGGUCCUCAUCGCGACUGUGAUGCUCAUUGGAGGAUGCAUUGGAGGUGUCAUCGGUGGUGUUCUGGGAACUAAGAGAGCUGCCGAAGCUGCCAAAGCAGACCAAGAAGCUCAAAAGUCACAUGGCCCACCGAUCGUGACGGUAACCGCAUCUGCUCAGAUGGAUGCAUCCAUGAUUUCUACACCCACAAACAUCAAAUCUAUACCUACUGGCCAUUAUAUGGUUCCCUCUGGUUAUCAGAACGGUUCGGGGCUUUGUGUGGAUGAGACGACCUAUGGGAAAUCCUGGAAGUGCUUGCAACCGCCAAGUAAAUUUGAGAUUUACAUAGGCGAAUCUCGAGGUCAUCAUUCCAUUGUUUUUGACUACGGUAAUCCAACCCCGACCUUCACCUAUGGUGCUCAAGCACCAUACUGGUCUUCUUCGCCCACCCAGGCAUUGAGCAUGGCCGUUGACACAACUGACCUUGGCAUGGGACCUGCUCUCUUCUUUAUUUCUGCGUUCGACAAGCUCGUCAUUGUCCCCGAAAAUGACUUUUCUCUCAGCACUCUUUCCAAGCGCUCCUGGGUGGAAGAUGGAUGGGCACAAGCAGAGGCCUAUAAGAAUUUCAAGCAGACCGCACAAGUCGGUGACAAGCCAUGGUUCUGUUGGUGGAACAACACUAUGAUGGAAUUUUUCUUGUACAUCAAUCAGUCGACUUCAGCAUCCUCGAGUACCACUGCAUCCGUCGACAGCAAUAUGGCGGCAAGUACGGCUGGAACAUCAGUUAGUUCCAAACGUGACUCCUCCACCGCCGAUUACCCGCGGCGGAUCAAAAUGGAGGAGCGUCGGGAUGACCCCAAGCGCGAAGCUCCUUAUUGUCAACAAAUGCAGAUUCGCAACGACGGCGGUUUGGCCCUUCUUUCCGGCCAAAUAAUCAACAUCAAGGAGAAUGAACCCACGCCCACCACCACCUACACCAAUUAUAACGGCGGCACUGCUCAGACAUAUACUGCCCAGGCAUCUUAUGCUAGUGCGUGCUAUUGUCAGUCUCUGACAGACUAG